AUGGACAUCGAUUCCAAGAUCAAGGCGUACCGAUUCGUCGGUUACGCCGCCGUCACUUUUUCGGCUGUCGCUGUUCUCAGCGUCUGCGUCACCCUGCCCAUGGUCUACAACUAUGUGCAGCACGUGCGCACUCAGAUGCACGUCGAGCUCAGCUCGUGCAAGGUUUCUGAUUCAUUUUCUUGAAUCUUUUGACUUUAUUAUGCUAGUUUCAAGGCUUGGAAAUGUAUUUUCUUGAGUUUAAAACUUUUCUGGUAUGAAAAGUGUUUUGAAAAAUAAUAUUUCCUGGUCUGUCCUUGUAUUUGCUCAAAUCACACGAUCCUGUAUCAUAACUUCAACUUUUAGAGCUCGGUCUAUUUAUUUUCUUGUUUGGACAUAUAACCAUUCCAUGUGAUCUUUAAUUUUGGAAACAUUUCGAGGCCUCAUUUUGAGCCUAAAAUUGAAAAUUGGCUAUAAGGUCUUGAAAAAUUUCCCUAAAAAUAUUUUUCUACGGUUUGCCGGCCUUUAAUUCCCCUAAUUCUGGUUUCCUGGUUUCAUGGCUUAUUCAUAAAGUACCUUUUUACUUCAACCUGUUUCAUCAAUUAAGCCAAACCCUUCUUUCUACCAGAGCUACUGAGCGUCCAAAAAAGACUUUCGACAAAAAUCUACCUCAAAAAAUGACCAAAAAAAUUGCAGGGCUCCGCGAAGGACGUCUGGUCGUCGGUCUACUCGAUCCGCGAGUUGCCGCUCGCCGCUAACCGCACCGCUCGUGGUGCUUCUUACAAUGAGCAGUGCGCCGGGUGCUGCCUUCCAGGUCCCCAGGGACCCCAGGGAUCCCCAGGAAAGCCAGGAAAGCCUGGAAAGCCUGGAGCGCCCGGACAGCCCGGAAACCCAGGACGUCCGCCACAGCAGCCUUGCGAGCCAGCCACACCACCACCAUGCAAGCCAUGCCCAGCCGGACCACCCGGACCACCAGGACCUCAGGGAAUUCCUGGAGACAACGGACCAGGCGGAGAGCCAGGACCAAAGGGACCAGACGCCGCGCCAGGAGAGCCCGGACCAAAGGGACCACCCGGACCCCCAGGACCACCUGGACAGCCAGGAGCCCCAGGAGAGCCAGGAGAGCAGGCCAAGUCCGAGCCAGUCGUGCCAGGACCACCAGGAACCCCAGGAACGCCCGGACAGCAGGGACCACCAGGACCACCAGGAAGCAACGGAAUCGACGGAGCUCCAGGAGCUCCUGGACCAAAGGGUCCAGCUGGACCAAAUGGAGAGAACGGAAAGGACGGACAGCCUGGCAAGCCAGGACAAGCUGGUGCCGAUGGCCAGCCAGGAGAGAAGGGUAUCUGCCCCAAGUGAGUCUUUCCUUAUUUCUUGAAAGAAUUGAACUGAUAAGGGAUAGUGAAAUAAAGUAGUCAGUUUAAAAAAUUUAAAUUCGAGGAAGCCUGUCUUUACCAAAGUGGAAGUUUAACUUCAAGCAGUCCUAGUUCGCCUACCGAACCGCGUAUUUCUUCCAAUCAUGCCUUACUAAAUAUGUCAUUUUCACUUUAACCAGUCCUAUCUUGGCUAUCAAACAAUUUCCAACCUUUAACUUUACCAAAAUCCUCAAUAAUCGUAAAAUUAUUCCCAAAGUUCAGAUAGAACUGUUUUCGUACUCCUUCAAAUCACUAAAAUUGUGAUAAAAGGUCAUACGAUUUCUUAUUUAAUCCAAUAUCAAGCCUUUCGAGCCCCUCAAACUCUUUUCUGGUAAUGUAGGUACCUUUGAAACUUUCCAAACCUUUUUCUCAUCGAUUAAUCUUGAAAAAUUCGAGCUAUCGGUUUCCUUCAUGAGUUUUGGUCUUUUGAACCAUUUUUGAUCUUAUUAAUUCUUAAAAAACUGUUCUGUGCAUUUCCAACUUCUACUUACGUUCUCUAGCCCCAAAACCUUCUAAAUCCUAAAAAAAAAACCCUUCAAAAUCUCAACUUUUCCAGGUACUGCGCCCUCGACGGCGGAGUUUUCUUCGAGGACGGAACUCGGCGCUAA